AUGAAGUUCUUCGUUCUCGCACCCUUCUUUUCCAUGCCACUGGUUCUCGCAGCUCCUGGCGGUUACUACCCGCCGGGCCAAACUGUCACGGUCAUCAAGCCGGUCACGGUCAUCAAGCCGGUCACGUUCACCAAACCUAGGUUCACGUUCACCAAACCAGCGGACACGGUCACGAUCACCGAAACAGCACACGCGGUCACGAUCACCGAAACAGCACACGCGGUCACGAUCACUGAAACAGCACACGCGGUCACGAUCACCGAAACAGCGCACGCGGUCACGAUCACCGAAACAGCACACGCGGUCACGAUCACUAAAACAGCACACGCGGUCACGUUCACCAAACCUUGUAAGCCAACCAAGACACACCACGGUGAUGAUGGCCACGGUGAUGAUGGCCACGGCGAUGAUGGCCAUGGCCAUAGUGGCUCCAAGGAUGGUGGCUCCAAGGAUGGUGGCUCCAAGGAUGGUGGCUCCAAGGAUGGUGGCUCCAAGGAUGAUGGCUCCAAGGAUGGUGGCUCCAAGGAUGGUGGCUCCAAGGAUGGUGGCCACGGCGAUUCUGGCUGGUGA